CACAGACAAACAAACAGACAGACAAGCACCACCCUCACCACCAGCCCAAAGCAGCACAACAGUAACAACAACUCUUAAACAACCAAACGUCACAAAAAUACAUUCUUUCAUCUUGUUUCGGCAACAACAACAACAACAGCAACAACAACAGCACAGCCCUGGGCGAAACAUUCAGGGCCCAGAUGACUUCCCUAUAUUGGAUGACUGAAAAUUUGUCAACACUGUGGCCCGAUGGCUGUGAAAACAUUGAGAGAAUGGAGCGGGUGGAGCCUAUUCUGAAGUUCUGCGUGGGGCCAACUCUCCUCCACUGGGCGGCAUCAAAGGGCUACCAUGACCUGGUGGUUGACCUCCUUGUUCGGGGCUUGUCUGUGGAUGCUUGUGACCGGUUGGGCCGCACUCCACUGGGGCUGGCCACCUUUGCCGGCCACUCUAGCACUGUCAGCACCCUGCUGCAGGAGAACGCCGCUCUCUCUGCUGAAGACAAGGACUGGAGAAUAAUAUCGCGUGAGGAGGUUGGUCUCUGCUUAGUUCGGGUCAUUGAAGAAACUGCCGUGUGUUCCUUUGACGCGGCGAGGUCAGAAUGCUUCACUCUGCUCUACCUGGCCGCCCAGCAAGGCUACCCGAACAUGAUGCAUUGGCUUCUGUCCCUGAAGGUAUCACCAGACGUACGUAACAACCAAGGCGAAACCCCGCUGUUUGUCACGAGCCUGGCAAUGCCCUCUUCCCCCCUUCACAUCACAAGGCACUGGGGUCAGGUCAGGUCAGGUGAACUUGAAAUCGUACAACAGCUUCCCCCCCACACAGGCCUACCAAGCACCAUAUGA